AUGGGUCACACAAUCACAACACAAUAUUGCGACACACUGGAAACCCAAGGUUUAAAGUUCUCCCUUCCACAACGCAUAUCUGCCAUCGAGAUAAAAGCUAGUUUUGAAAAACUCUACUGGAAACUGGAGCGGACUCUUGCUGAUGACAAGAAAGAGUUAACUGCCGCAACCCUCCGUUCUAUUGCACUUAAUUACAUCGAGUGCAAAUCACCGAAGCCGCCAAAACCACUUCAAAGGGCUAUAAAGCAGUUGAAACGACUUGACAACAUCGUCGUCACGAAGCCAGAUAAAGGUACUGGUGUAGUCAUCAUGAACAAAUCUGAUUAUAUUAACCUGCUGAGCCAGGCAUCUAUCAAUGAUACAUCGAAGUUCACACCUGUCAGCCUGCAGAGACCAAAAACGAGAGGCCGCCCAGUAAAGCAUUACCACCCUCUAUUGGAGAAGGAAAAGCACCUUGCAUCUGUUGUACGGAAGAUCUUACCAAAGCAGAUUGCCGACUGUGUUUGCCAGGCUGGCUCACGCCUUGCCCAUCUUUAUGGACUCCCUAAGACACACAAAGAGAAUCUAUCGAUGAGACCUAUCCUAUCUGCCACCGGCACUUACAACUAUGCCCUCGCCAAGUGGCUUGAUGACAAACUGAAGCCCCUGUCAAGCAAUCGCUACACAAUAUCAGAUACCUUCUCCUUCGCCGAUGAGAUUCAAAACCUAGUCAUCGACGAGAAUGACAUUCUGGUAUCCUAUGACGUCACGUCACUAUUCACUAAUGUGCCGCUCCAUAAAACGAUCGAAAUCAUCGCUAAGAAGGCGUUCGCUGACAACUGGUUUAAUGCUACACACGACCUCAGCAUUACAAAGCCUGAACUGGUUCAACUUCUAGAAGUUGCAACUAUGAAUCAACUAUUCCAAUUUGAUGGCAAUCUUUACGAGCAGAUCGACGGUGUGGCCAUGGGUUCUCCAUUGGGCCCACUUAUGGCAAACGCAUUUCUCUGUUCUAUCAAAGAGAAACUAGAUGAAGACAACAAGCUCCCUGAAUUUUACAGAAGGUACGUGGAUGACCCGUUUGCUAUUGUCACAAGUGUACCAGCAGCAGAAGAUUUAUUAUCAACGCUAAAUAACCGCCAUCAGUCCAUACACUUUACCAUGGAGCUAGCAAGUUACCUUUUGUAA